UAAUCAACCAGCAAGUGCUGCUAGCUCCGACUGUCAAUUCACAAACCAGAGCCACUACGACAGCACAUCAAUCAGUCUUACUGAACGCCACGACCACCACCACAAUGGCUCCCGGUGAAACAGAUCUCAAAAUUCUUCUUUCCAAACUCGAGCCCAUCCUCCAUCCUGACACAUUCGUCCUCCUCACUCUUCCUAACACACCAGUGUGAGUCACGAGUGGUCUGAGACCUGGACUCUGCAACGGCACAGCACGAUCUUUGCAUGGCUUGGGACCGCAGCGCCAAUAUGACACUCGCCACCUCACCACCGCCCAGCCUUGUAGUUCGAAUCGAGCAGACGGAGGAGACACACGUCGUUCGCCAAGCUCAGGCGCUCCAAACACUGUACCCAUCCUGCGAGGUUCUCAUUCAGCACCAGCGUGUAGCCGGAGGCGUCGCCAUCCGCACUGUCCCCAAAUUCGAGGGCAAGCUAAGCCGCAUCGUUGGGCUAGGGCUCCACGGCCCCUUCACAUCGCAGGACCUCUGCAAUUUCGAGUCAAUCUACGCCGCGAUCGGUCUGCGUCCGGAAAUCCAUCUGUGCGAGUACGCAGACCCGUCCGCAGGGCAGGUUCUCACUCGUGCCGGGUAUAUCUCCAAGGGGAGGCUGAGCGUGUAUUGCAUGGACCUGGAGGACUCAGAUGGACCGUUCAUCGCGCAGAAGGGUCACCAGGGGAAGGAUAUCACGGUUAGGGAGGUGGCUUCGGAUCUCGAUCGCGAGCACUUCGUUGCCGCUUCCAUUGCGGGAUUCGCCGAUGGGGGACGCUCGGAGGAGCUGUUGGGCGCCUUGGCGAGGAUUGCGGCCCAGAGAGCUGAUACGAGACUCUACGUCGCGACGACGGACGCCGGGGAAGUGGUCGGCACCGCGGCAUUGGCGGUCCUGGGUACGCAUACUACCGGGGAGAGCUUCGGGCAUUUGUACUUGGAUAGUACGGUGCCGAUGUCUCGCGGGAUGGGCGCACAUGUGGCGCUCAUCCAGGCGCGUUUGAGGGCUGCCAAAGGCAUGGGGUUGAAGCUGAUGACGCUGAGUACAAGGGAAGGCAGUGGAAGUGCCAGAAAUGCAGAAAGGGCCGGGUUUACGGUGGCAUAUCGAAAGGAGGUAUAUGUCAAGGGUUGAGCUGGGGUCACAACUUUGGGAAUUUGUGCAUAGAUGGUACUCUCUCAGAUGAUGGGCAGGCACGCGGCCCAUUAGGCUUGGAUUAGUCUUAUAUGUUCAUCUUAAGUUCUUUGCGUGAGUCUAGAUUCAUAUGAUAUA